UGUAUUUUAUCUGUGAGAGUUGUGUGGUUCUCUAAUUUUAUUUAUCGCGGGCAGAAAUACUUAACUUUUGUUUUUUGGAAAAGCUAAAUAAGUUUGUACGAUAAUAAUGGCAGACCCAGGAAAGGGUCGAGGUCGAGGCUUGGCCUUGCUCCAGGCCCUUAAGUCACAAAUGAUGGAAUCGCCACCAGCAUCUGAAGUGCCAAUUCCUGAACCCACACCAGCACCAAGUGUUGCUCCUAGUGUGGUUGGUUCAACUAGUACCAGUUUAGGUGGGAGGGGUAAAUUGGCAGCUAUGUUACUUUCUAAAAUGCAGCAGAAACCAGGAGAUGCAACAUUCAGCCCAGCAUCAGAUGUAAAACCCCCCCUAACCCCCGUUACAGUUGGUAGGGGUGUUGGACGUGGAUUAAGUCUUCUAAAAAGUUUAAAAGCCUCACAAGCUGCGCAAUCACCUCCAAGCCUUGUUGAUAGUGAUGUUGAUAGUUUGACAAAGAAAAUGGCUUCUAGUACAGUAUCAACUGCAGUAACUUCCUCACAAGCUUUAGUGGGGAAAAAUAAGUACUUUAAAGAAGUCAAAGAUACUCCACCAGUAGUUAAGAAAGGUGAAACAGGAACCCCUUGUGAAGUAACAGCUAAUUUCAUCUAUUUGAACUUUGAAGAGAACAAUGUUUUUGAAUAUGAAGUCAGAUAUGAUCCAGAUCAAGAUUAUAAGCACCUGCGCUUUAAGCUAUUAAAUGAGCAUAAUCACUUUUUUAAGGAAAAGACGUUUGAUGGCAUAACAUUAUAUGUGCCGCACAUGCUACCAGAUGAAGCACUUAACCUCGUUUCAACUAACCCUUUUGAUGAAAGUAAAGUGAAUAUAAAUAUAAUAUUCCGCCGUACACGUCGUCUGAGUGAGAUGAUACAAAUAUACAACGUGCUAUUCAAGCAUAUAAUGAAGGAUUUACAACUGGUUCGCUUCGGACGGCAGCAUUUUAACGAGCAUGCUGCGAUACAGAUACCGCAAUACAAGCUAGAAGUAUGGCCUGGCUAUGUGACAGCGGUAGACGAAUACGAAGGUGGUCUGAUGCUGACGCUGGACUCCACCCACCGCGUGCUCCGGACGCAGUCGGUGCUCUCGCUGAUCAAGGAGACCGUCCAAGCUGAAGGCGCUAACUGGAAGAGGGCAAUGUCAGACAAGUUGAUAGGCUGUUCAGUAAUGACUACUUAUAAUAAAAAACUCUUUAGAGUAGAUAGUAUAGAUGACUCCAUGAAUCCAAGAUCGACAUUCGAAAAGAAUGAGAAAGGUGAAAUGGUGAAAAUUAGUUACAUAGAGUAUUAUAAGAAGAAUUAUGGAAUUGAUAUUAUGGAUGUUGAUCAACCAAUGCUUAUUUCAAGAGAUUCUAAACGAAUGCCAGGAUCAGAAAAACCAACGGACUUCAUGAUAUGUCUUGUGCCAGAACUUUGCCAGCUGACAGGACUCACUGAUGAUCAGAGAAGUAACUUCAGACUUAUGAAAGAUGUUGCUACAUAUACGCGUAUAACACCCAACCAACGGCACGCAGCGUUUAAAAAGUACAUCCAAAACGUUCUUAAUAACGAGACGGCGAAAAAUCGUCUAAAAGGAUGGGGUCUCACCAUAGCUCAAGAGACGAUCAAUUUAACAGCCAGAACUCUACCACCAGAGACAUUAUACUUUGGCAAUGACGUUAAAGUGCCGGGUAAGCCUAAUGCUGAUUGGAAUGGAGAUGUCUCGAGGAAUGCUGUGAUGCAAGCCGUUGAUAUAAUGAGAUGGGUGGUCUUGUAUACCGACAGGGAUAAACAAGUUGCAACGGAUUUCGUUGAAACAUUAAAACGGUGUAGUCGUCCAAUGGGUAUAAAUGUAUCCAACCCGGACUUACUCCGCCUGCCCAAUGACCGAACAGACACCUAUGUCAUGGCUCUCAAGAAAUGCAUCACAUCUCAUUUACAAUUAGUCGUCGCCAUAUCGCCGACUAUGAGAGACGAUCGUUAUGCUGCCAUUAAGAAGAUUUGCUGUGCAGAUAACCCAGUCCCCUCACAGGUGAUCAACGCCCGGACGCUCAUGAACAGCCAGAAAAUUCGCUCCAUAACCCAGAAGAUCUUGCUGCAAAUGAACUGCAAGCUGGGCGGCACGCUGUGGACCAUCAGCAUCCCGUUCAAGACGGCCAUGGUGAUCGGCGUCGACUCCUACCACGACGCCGCCCGCAAGCGCCGCAGCGUGUGUUCCUUCAUAGCGUCGUACAAUCAGACCAUGACCCACUGGUACUCGAAGGCUGUGUUCCAAGAGCGCGGUCAGGAAAUCGUCGACAGUCUCAAGUCCUGCCUCGUCGACUCGCUGAAGCACUAUCUCCGAGUCAACGGAAGAUUACCCGACCGGAUCAUUAUAUACAGAGACGGAGUCGGAGAUAGCCAAUUGAAGCUCGUCCAGCAAUAUGAGAUUCCUCAAAUGCAGAUCAGCUUCUCCCUCGUCGGCGAGACAUAUAAACCUAGUCUUACAUACGUCGUUGUACAGAAAAGGAUCAACACGCGUAUAUUCAUGAAGACUGGAAAAGAAUUUGCUAAUCCCCACCCGGGAACUGUCGUUGAUCACGAUAUUACUAGAAGAGAUUGGUAUGACUUCCUAAUAGUAUCACAAAAGGUUAACCAAGGGACGGUCACACCGACCCACUACGUUGUAGUCCACGAUGACAGUGGAAUGACUCCAGAUCAGUGCCAACGACUGACAUAUAAAAUGUGCCAUUUGUAUUACAACUGGCCUGGCACCGUUCGAGUGCCGGCACCGUGCCAGUACGCACACAAACUUGCAUAUCUCGUGGGUCAGAACGUACACCAGCAGCCGUCUGAAGCACUAGCCGACAAACUAUUCUUCUUGUAGGUUUUACUGACAAUUUUAGUAAGUAAGUUUGGCAUUUAAUUAUAUCGCUGUUAUUGACAUUAAUGAUACAAAUUAUUUGCGCAAAUCGAACGCAUGUGCCAUU